AUGGCCCUUCCUCAGGGCCCAGAAGGUGACAGCCUCCCCACGGGGGACCCCAAGGCCUCUGAGGACACUGCGGGGCCCAGCCAGGCCCCCGCCAGCCCCGCAGUCACCAGGCGGCGGCUCCUCCUGCGGGAGCUCGAGGCCCAGGUGCAGGCGGCCUACGGGCAGGACCGGGAGCUGCGGCCGGAGGAGAUUGAAGAGCUGCAGGUCGCCUUCCAGGAGUUUGACCGAGACCGGGACGGCUACAUCGGCUAUCGGGAGCUGGGCGCCUGCAUGCGGACGCUGGGCUACAUGCCCACGGAGAUGGAGCUCAUCGAGAUUUCACAGCAGAUCAGUGGCGGGAAGGUGGACUUUGAAGACUUUGUGGAGCUGAUGGGCCCCAAGCUGCUGGCGGAGACAGCAGACAUGAUUGGCGUCCGGGAGCUGCGGGAUGCCUUCCGAGAGUUUGACACCAACAGGGAUGGCUGCAUCAGCCUGGGCGAGCUCCGGGCGGCCCUCAAGGUCCUGCUGGGGGAGCGCCUCACCCAGCGGGAGGUGGACGAGAUCCUCCAGGACAUUGACCUCAACGGGGACGGCCUGAUCGACUUCGAAGAGUUUGUGCGAAUGAUGUCUCGCUGAGCCUGCACAGAAGCUGGAGGCAGCGGAG